CUUUGUCCAGUUUGCCAGAUUCGGUAACACUGCAUUAAAUAAUUUUAAUAAAUAAUUUGUAUGAAGUACGCGCCAAUUGGAUGCAUUUUCAUCCUAUCCGCCGAAGAUUUCACGCAUCCCGAGCAAUUGCCAGUGACUGCACGCCGAAUUAUAGCCAGGGAUCAGCUGUGCGUUAGCUAUUGGCCACCAGUUGUUGUCCACUUGCAAUUACCAAGCCAUCCAAAAUUGGCUGUUUAACGCGCGCUUGCUUGGAUUUAUAAACAAUUCAGUCCACCAGGAUGUCGCAGGACCUGAACGUCGACGACGAUGUGGCUGCCAAUGCGAGUGCUAUAUCGAAUAUCAUUAACGAGAUGAUCAUCUGCAUCAAGGGCAAGCAGCUGCCCGAAGUUCACGAUUUGGAAAUAGCUGAAUUAAGCAAAAUGGUAGCCGCCAAUAAUCUGUUCAUUCGAGACUCAAAUAUGUUGACUGAGCGCGAAUGUGUCCAGAAGAUAUUGAAACUGCUCAGCGCACGGAAGCAGGAGGAUGGCAAAACUGUGUCGGAUUACUUCCAUGAGCUGUACAGUAAACUCACGUUGAUCAACUGCGAUCCCCACAUGAGGCACUCGCUAAUGACCCAUCUGCUCUCGAUGGCCGACAAUUCGGAUGACGACAAGUCGUCUGCCAACGAAGAUCCACGUACUCAGUGCGAUAAUCUCACUCAGAUUCUGGUCAGACGACUAGACUUAAGAAGCUCUUCCUCAUCCAUUCUGAAUGAGAUGGAACUGGUCAACAGAAAUGGAGCAGGAUCAUGCCACAGUUACGAUUCCUCACAGUCCAGCUUCGGAUUCAGACAGUCCUUCCCAAACUACUUGGAGGCAACAAAGAUGUUUCCCGACUCUCAACAUGAUAUAGUGAUGAGUGCCAUUUACUCCUUCACCGGCGUUCAAGGGAAGUAUUUGAAGAAGGACGUGGUAACGGGCAGGUUCAAGCUGGAUCCGCAGAACAUCAAGUUCCUGACCACCGGCCAAGCGGGCAUGUUGCUGCGGCUCUCCGAACUUGGCUACUACCACGACCGAGUGGUCAAGUUUUCGGACGUAUCGACCGGCUUCAAUGCCAUUGGCAGCAUGGGCCAGGCCCUGAUUUCCAAGCUCAAGGAGGAGCUGGCGAAUUUUCACGGCCAAGUGGCUGUGCUUCACGAUAAAACACAGCGCUUUCGGCAUGAUGGGUGGAUGAGUGGAUUUGCAUACAAGGACAAGGAUAGCGGCGACGAAUUGACGCUAUUCAAGCUGCUCGCCUGGUAUAUAAAGCCAUUGCACCGGAUGCAGUGGCUAACCAAGAUCGCCGACGCCUGCCAGAUAAAGAAGGGCGGUGAAUUGGCAUCGACCGUGUAUGAUUUCCUCGACAACGGUAACGAUAUGGUCAAUGAAUUGGUGGAGGAUCUCCUCACUGCCAUUUGUGGCCCACUGGUGCGCAUGAUCUCCAAAUGGAUACUGGAGGGCGGCAUUAGCGAUAUUCACAGAGAGUUCUUUGUGAAGUCCAUCAAAGAUGUGGGCGUUGAUCGGCUAUGGCACGAUAAAUUCCGCCUACGAUUGCCCAUGCUGCCCAAGUUUGUGCCUAUUGAACUGGCCAAGAAGAUACUCAUGACGGGCAAAUGCAUUAAUUUUCUAAGGGAAAUCUGCGAGGAGCAGGGAAUGAUGAAGAAGCGCGACGAACUAAUGAAGGUCAUGGAAUCUAGUGCCGCUCACAUCUUUUCGUACACACCGGACACCAGUUGGCAUGCGGCCGUGGAAACGUGCUACCAGCAGACCUCCAAACACGUUCUCGACAUUAUGGUGGGUCCACACAAGCUGCUGGAUCAUCUGUACGGAAUGCGACGCUACUUGCUGCUGGGCCAGGGCGAUUUUAUCAGCAUUCUGAUCGAGAACAUGAAGAACGAACUGGAGCGACCGGGCCUUGAUGUAUAUGCUAACGAUCUCACCUCCAUGCUGGAUUCCGCUCUGCGCUGUACGAAUGCCCAGUACGAUGAUCCGGAUAUUCUAAACCACCUCGAUGUGAUUGUUCAACGUCCGUUCAACGGUGAUAUUGGCUGGGACAUCAUCUCGCUGCAGUACAUCGUCCACGGACCACUGGCCGCCAUGCUGGAGUCGACCAUGCCCACGUACAAGGUGCUCUUCAAGCCACUCUGGCGCAUGAAGCACAUGGAGUUCGUGCUGUCGAUGAAGAUCUGGAAGGAGCAGAUGGGCAACGCAAAGGCCCUUCGUACAAUGAAGUCCGAGAUCGGCAAGGCGUCACACCGCCUGAACCUUUUCACUUCGGAGAUCAUGCACUUUAUCCACCAAAUGCAGUACUAUGUGCUAUUUGAGGUCAUCGAGUGCAACUGGGUGGAGCUGCAGAAGAAGAUGCAGAAGGCUACUACGUUGGACGAAAUCCUGGAAGCUCACGAGAAGUUUCUGCAAACGAUUUUGGUGGGCUGUUUUGUCAGCAACAAAGCGAGUGUGGAGCAUUCGCUGGAGGUAGUGUACGACAACAUUAUCGAACUGGAGAAGUGGCAGUCGAGCUUCUACAAGGACUGCUUUAAGGAGCUGAGUGCCCGCAAGGAGCUGUCCAAAAUUGUGGAGAAGUCGGAAGAGAAGGGUGUUUAUGGGCUGACCAACAAUAUGAUCCUGCAGCGCGACCAGGAGGCGAAGAUGUUUGCCGAAAAGAUGGACAUCGCCUGCCGCGGCCUAGAAGUCAUAGCAACCGAUUACGAAAAGGCUGUCAGCUCUUUUCUAAUGUCUCUCAACUCCAGCGACGAUCCGAAUUUGCAGCUCUUUGGCACUCGGCUGGACUUCAACGAGUACUACAAGAAGAGGGACACCAAUCUGAGCAAACCCCUGACCUUCGAGCACAUGCGCAUGAGCAAUGUGUUCGCUUUGAACAGUCGCUUCGUGAUAUGUACGCCGUCCUGUCAGGAAUAGCGACCGAUGUUCAUUCAAUCGCUUCAUCCCAGUUCCCAUAAAUCAUCACAAAUCCCAAAUCCCAGCACUCCAUUCAGUUCAAUUGCUGCUUAAUAUUUGAGAUAUAUCGAUAUCAUUGGAGCCAAGCCAACCAAGAAAUGAAAAGCAAUCAAACAAACUAAUCCAAUUAUUAACUAAGCCUUCGAAUCGAAAACAACCUGCACCUCUAUACAUAUAUAUCUCAAGCUUUGCCGUCAAUCGUCUGGCUGCAAGCCAUCAACUUAAGAUAUCUCCAAUACAGAAUUAUUGAGUAGUUGUAACGAAAGUAUUAAGCGAGAACUUGUUUGUCGAAAAACGCAACGUUCUUUUUUGUUUGCGAAUCUCUUAAUUUUUUUACAUCGAAGCUUAUUUGAAAUAGAUUUUCCUAAGUGCGUUUGCCAAUUGCCAUGUUGUAAUUAAAAAGUAAACAUAAGAGAAUGUUACGUAUUUUAAAAGGAUGUUUUAAUAAAGUUAAUGUUUUGAAAAGUUUUAAACCGUAAUGCGAGCUCGAAAUAAACGCUACUUGCAUUGAAA